AGAAGAAUCUAACGGGGAUGCAACCAGCGGAGCUGACGAACCAAUCCUAACUGAUUUGACAAUUAGUGAAGUCGAGGUAUCGCACAUGUUGAAAUCUCUUGAUACAGCCAAAGCGACAGGGCCUGAUGGUAUUCCCGCUAAGUUAUUAAAAGAAACAGCGGACGUUAUUGCACCUUCUUUGUGCACACUCUUCAAUAAGUCAAUUUCCUCGGGAUCAUUACCAGACGAGUGGAAAACAGCCAACAUAGUACCGAUACACAAGAAGGGUGACAACGAACACGCCGAGAACUACCGUCCUAUUUCUCUACUGUGCAUUAUCUCGAAGGUUUUAGAACGCUGUGUGCUAAAUAACGUCAAAUACCGUUUACUAGAAGCAGUCAACAUCUGUCAACAUGGUUUUAUAUCCGGACGAUCGUGUGUGACUAACCUGAUUGAUGCCCUCAACUACGUUGGGUCAUGCCUGGAUCGUGGUGGACAAAUUGAUAUGAUUUACAUGGACAUGUCCAAAGCUUUCGAUAAGGUCAACCAUGAUGUACUGAUCCAAAAGCUGCGUAACGACUAUGGUUUUGGAGGCAACCUGCUCAGAUGGUUCCGCUCAUAUCUGACAAAUCGCAAACAGCGCGUAACAGUGUUCGGAGCUACGUCAAACCCUCUGUCUGUAACUUCUGGAGUGCCACAAGGUUCUAUCCUUGGCCCAGCAUUGUUCCUCUUGUACGUCAACGAUCUGCCGAGUACUGUGAAAUCAAGUCAAGUU